AUGAAAUCAUUAGCCAAACGACUACAAAAUGAUAGAUCACUUCUCUAUCGCUAUGACCAAGUUAUAAAAGAUCAAUUGAACCAAGGAAUAAUUGAAAGAGUAACUGAGACUGAAUCAAGUUCUGUAAAACACUAUUUGCCGCAUCAUCCAGUCUUAAUCCCAACGAAGGAAACAACCAAACUACGAAUUGUUUAUGAUGGAUCUUCAAAACCAAGAAAGGAACUCAAGAGUCUCAACGAGUGUUUACACAGAGGAUCGAUUCUUCUACCGAAUCUAUGUGCUGACAUUGAAAAGCCUUUUCUUCAAAUUGAAAUACAGUCAAAGGAAAGAGACGUUACAAGGUUUUUGUGGUUUAAAGACGUCAUGAAACCUGACCAGAUAGAAGGAAACCUUGCAACAUACCCAUUCUGCAGAGUACCAUUUGGGUUGAUUUGCAGUCCCUUUCUGUUAGAGGGAACUCUGAAAUUUCAUCUUCAAAGGGAAGGAAGUUCAAUAGCCAAAUCUAUUGCUGAGAACAUUUAUGUUGACAACAUUUUAGUUGGAGCAGAUUCUCCUCCUAAUGCUUAUCAACUGUUUGAAAGAGCAAGGCAAAUAUUCAAAGAAGCCACUAUGAACUUACAACAAUGGACAUCUAAUUCACUCGAAUUUUUUCCACAUAUACCUGAUGAUCGGAAAGUAAAGGGAAGCACAGUCAAGCCGUUUUCUCCUUGUCAAGAGUGGAGAGACUAUCGAAGUGAAUCUUGUGUUUCAAAAAUGCGUUUGACUCCAAUUCAAUCAGCUGUUGCAAACGAAGAAUAUCAAAAGAAAGGAAAGAAACUUACGUUACCACAACUUCAGUUACUAUCAACAGUGAUUGGAGUCAGAGCUGCAAACUUUGUUCAAGAUCAGCUGAAGCUUCAGAACUCUAAACUAAUAAAUAGUAUUGACUGA